AAAAGGAACUUAUAUGGACUUACACCCCUCCGUCGCUAAGCGAGUGGUUCUGCCUAUGCUUCAGUUGCUAAGUGCGGAAACAAGACACAUCCUGUAAAUUGCACACUAAGGUUUACCACCAUUUAUUAUAGAGACAGAUAGGAUCGGAUUCGGGUCACUGUAUCGCCGGUGGGGGCAUCUUGGACAAACAGUUUUCCUAGCCGAAGAGACCGGUUCCUCCCGACCGGCACACAGCCACUACCGGAGAAACAUGCCGCCUUCCACGAUGAGACUGUCUGAGCUGGUGGACUUGUCGUUGGGCACUCCCGACAUGGGGGUGGUCAACUUCAACGCCAUGCACACCCUGUUCCACGCCAUCAUUGACCACCUGAAAAUCACAGACAUAGAAACGAAGAUCGGCGAAGACAUCCAGAGAGAGAGGGACGCGCAGUCGACCAUGAUUUCCACGCGCGGGAGCGGGAGCGAUGUGAAGGACGGCCGGGACGGUGCACUAUCCCGGUCCGCGUCGUCCCCGACAGAAGGGGAGUAUGCCCAGCGGCUACGCCAGCUCGAGGACAAAAUCUCUUCUCAGGAGAUUCAGCUCAACAAGCUGAACGAUCUCCCCAGCAACACAGAUUUGUUAGAGAGGACCCGUUCGGAGGGGACCAAACCGGUGGGCGAAAUGUGGCAGCUCAUGCAGCUCCAGAGAAAAGUGGAAGCCAACGAGGCCGGCCUCACCAAGGCCAUGUCCCUGAUUGAGGACCUGAUGCGGGAAGUCAACAUGCUGAAUGACAACAAAGCCAAGGUUGCCAAGGAGAUGAAGGACAUCAAGGACAGACUAGACAAGAUGGACCUGACUUCACUAAGUGACAGAAUCAGUGAACUGGAGAGCUAUCAGGACAAGAUGAAGAAGAUUGAUGAACUAGAGAAACAAUUGGCUGAAUUAGCAGAACAGUUGAAGAAGCUGCCCACUGCAGAGGAGUUUGAUGCCUUUGUCACGUGGCCUGUACUGGAUGAGGCACUGAGGGAAGAACGGCAAAAAUACAUGGAGACGAAACCCACAGAUGGUGCAGAUGAGUCUGAAGUGCUUCUAGAGCAGCUGAAGAGUAAGGACCCGUCACGUCCGCCGUCUGCCCCUCGGCCUCCCUCAUCCCGUCUUAGCAGCGCGAAGGAGAAGUACCCUGAGGCACUGCAGGCUCUCAAGGAAAUGGCAACGCUGUCUUUCGAACACGAGAAACUCUCAGAGCAAGUCGAAAAAUUAGAGGUUACCAUGCCAACUAAGGCAGACAAGAGUGAGUUGGAAAAGCUGCUUGAAGCAGCUCUGGCCAAUCAGAAGGUGGAUGUCCCAGAAGACCUGCUGGAGCAGCUGGCUGCCCUGCGGGAUGCUCUGGACAUGAUGAAGAACAGCAGGGACAAGCUUGACGAACAUUCUCGCAUCCUGGACGGGCUCAUAAAUGCCCCUCCAGACUUCCUCACCCCUCCCUCCACCCCCCCUCCAACUGAAGGCGAACCAGAUGCCUUCUCUCUCGCACACACCGCCACUCCUGUCCUGCCCCCUAUAUCCCCCACCCACAGUGCAAAUGACACUCCCCCUCACAGAAAGAGACCGACCCCGCCCACCUCCCCUGUCCAUAGGAUGUCCGACCCAUCCAGAAUGACACCGCCCCCCUCCCCCGUACGCAGGAUGUCAGACACGUCCAAACGUCCCCUCAGUCCCGUAACAUCCGUACUCCCCUCCACUGGCCCCUCUAAGAAGACUUCUAGCACAGGCAGACUCAUGCAGGACCUGAACCUGCAGAUAGUGGGCCUGCGUGCCAAGGAUGCCGAGCUGGAGAAAGACAUUAAGAGCCUUAAGGAUGCUGUCAGUCAGAGAUUGAGCUUUACAGGAGUGCCUGUACAGAACACUUCCGAGAAUGAAACCAUAGGACACAGCAACAGUUCACAGAUGGGAGAUGAACAUGAACUACAGAGCAUGAACCAGUCUCAGACUACAGACACUGCAAAAACUCCACAUGACAGACAGUCAACAGAAGUUCAACCUCAACCACCCUCUUAUGUAGAGGGGCCUACACCUUCUAAGUCCCCAAUGUGCAAUACAGAUAUCUCCAAUGAUACAAAACCUAAAAAUCUGAAUGAAAAUAAGUCAAAGAAGCAACCUUCUGUGAUCACCAGAAAAGAGCGUCCUGCAACUAAGAGCUCUACCCCAGUCAAAGAUGAAAAAUAUGCUAAUAAGAAAGAUGAAGGAAAAGAAAACGCAAGUGCAGAAAUCGAGAAACCAUUGCCAGAUAAUCAGCAAACAAAUUCCCAGAAGACCAAGGCCCCCCAGGUGAAUCCUGCUCCUCCAAUGAUGGCGAGACACACAAAGCUUGUCACCCCCAUGGCUCCCACAGGGUGGUACAUUCCAAACCAGAAGUCUGUGAAGAUAGAGGAUGGCGACAUGUUGGCUAACCUGCAGCAGAAGGUGCUGCAGCUGCUGGCAGACGUGGAACAGCUGAACGGAACUUCCUCCGACCUGGUCCGGAAGAGUGGUGACCUUCAAAAGAGUACAGAGGCUCUUUAUAAGGUUUGUGACAAGUUGAAUGACACCAAAGCAGACAAGGACUAUGUCACCAUGGAGGUUGAUGUGAAAGCAGACAAGAGGGCGCUGGAGAGCAAAGUCAGCCGGCAGCAGUUUGACUCCUCCUUCAACGAGCUGAACAACCUGAUCCAGGAACUGCUGGCUAAACUGGACGGACAGGAUGGUCAGUGGCAGGACGCCCUGAAGAACCUAAGUGACGACCUGGACGGCAAGCUGGACCGGUUGGAACUGGAUCCCUUCAAGGAGUACAUCCAAGGUCAGCUGAACAAGCUGAACAGGAAGAUGGCCAAGGUCACAGAGAUUGAGCAGCAGAAGGAACUGGACGAGGCUGCAGGCUUCAGGAAGCAAAUGUUCAGGUGCAUCUCUUGUGACAGGCCAGUGACUAUGACUGCUGGAGGGCCUGUUCCGGCAUUGCCGAGCACCAACAGCCUACCGGUGACAGCAACACUCCGACCCUACACUACCUACGAACUGGAAAAGAUUCGCCAGGAACAAAAGACUCCCAGUGUAGGAAGCGAGGACAAUGCGACCAGGUUUCAGAAAACCAUGGCUAUGAGGAAGCUAGCUAAGCUGAAAAGGAAGAACAUCCACCUGUACAGGCUAGUUAUAAACCAGGGCAUAGACCAGAUCAUGGCAAAGCUCAUGAAGAAACGCAGGCAUCGUGGCAAGGACCAACUCCUCAAGUGUCAGGCAGCCAGGCUGCAGCCAUUGCAAGGACCCACUGUGGGACCCACACUGCCAUCCCUGGCCCAGCCUGCCCCUCAGGACUAUGACCUGUACUUCUCCCAGCCCCGCCCCUGUGGGGGGAGCCACACGAUGACGUAUCCCAACAAGAGAUUCACCAAACUCACAGCUGGCGGACAAUACGUGGUAGAAGAGCAGCCACAGGUGCAGGUUUUCCAUGUCAAGGAGGAGCUGGACAUCAUUGGAGCUGAUGGGCACAUCUACAAAGGCCGUGUGGAGAUAGACGAUGGGAGACUUCCCACCCUGACACAGCAGCCGAAGGCCCCGGUGUCGCCUGGUACUCAGAGGAGACGAGGACAGAAGCCUGCGUACUCCCCACGCUCUGACCAGCGCCCGUCACCGCCCGGCCGGCCCCAGUCCGCCCACGCCACCUCUCCCCGCCCCGGGUCCUCCGGCCAGCGACCCCACACCGCGGGCAGUCGGUCAGUCUCCAGAACCUCCCAGACGCACGUGAUUGACGAGUCCACGGGGGAGCAGCAGCACUCUCCACCCCCGACAAGACAAGCCACACCCGGAGAGGGCGGGGCUGGACAGACAGAAGUGUCUGCCACUGCGUAACUUCACAUAACUCUCCUGGGGGUACCAUAGCCACACUACCAUAUAUACACACUACCAUAGCCACUUGUCCUGCUCAACAGUUCCUUUAUGUGCCUGUCUUGGCAAGCUGUUUUUAUAACUUUUUACUAUUAAACAAUUUUUAGCACUUCAUGCUCACCUGAGAAGGGUACAUUGUUGUUUGUUCAAUUCAGUGUAAAGCUGGAGUAAAAGAUGUUUCUGUAACCUAAGUGUUCUCUCCCCUGGUUAAGGUAUAGUGAAUGUUAGUAUUUGUACAGUAUGUUUAAAAGACAGUUUGUAUAACCUGGCCAUGUUUGUACAUAUCCCAACAUGAGUCAGGGCCGAAUUGCUGCUAUGCAAAAGAAGAUUCCAGUGAACGUAUCUAUCUAUAACGUGAAAUGUUUGUACAUGUAGAUGCAUUAUUUUGUGAUAAAUGUGUAAAUUGCCUUUAAACAAGCUGAUUUCACAGCCAUGAUGCUUACUGUACUGCUUUAGCCAAUUCUGUGUGCUGACGCUUGAUAAACUGUAAUGCCACACUGUCAAGGGAUGGACACACUGCACAAGCCAUGUACAUGUGAAAAAUGCACCAAAAAUAGAACUGCUUUCUGGUCUUUCUUAUGACCAGAGUGUGAAGUUUGAUAUGGAUUUAUGAAGAAUGAACUAUCUGUACAUAAACAAAUGCUUGAUGUGCUUCCAAAGAUGAUUGAUGUACAAUGCAGUUAUAGAGAAUGAUGCACCAUCAGUGGACAGGGAGGCUGACUGUUUCUCUCUCACUGAUUCUAGCUUUAGUAUUUUCAAGCCACAGGCGUCGGCCACUUGCCAUAGCACCAUGUGUGUGUGCACCUGAGUGCCUUUUCUAGAAAUGAAGUAUUUAGGAUAUUUAUCAAGAUGAUUCUACACAACCCUGCUUUUAUGCACCUGAUAGAAGUGCAAUAUACCAAAUAUUUAAUGUGCACCAGACUUCAGUGUGGUCCAGUAAACAUAUAACGUUAACAGACAUAAAGUCAUUAUACUUUUGUAUAUACAGUAAUGAAGUACACAUCGAAGUCUCAAAUGUUAUAUUUGUAGUUCCACACUUUUCAGCUUUUAAGAGUUUGCGUACUAGUGGUUCCCAUGGAGUCAUGCACAUAUAUUUCCUGCUGUGCAAUCACAUACGAAUGGCCAGUUUGAAAUGUACCUUUGAAUACUGAGUUUUAAGUGGUUAACAUCUGCAUUUAGCAAUUGUUUGGCAAAGUUUUGCUCCAUUCUUCAGGUGCCUUUGAAAUUUAAAUGCAAAGAAUUUCACUAGAAAACAAAAAAAAGUUCAAGAACGAUUGAAAGCUGGUCUGAUUUGAAGUAGGAGUCAUUAGGAUGAUUUGAUCUUGUUGCAACUGAACAUUUAUAAUGCUGCUUGCUUGCUUGCUUUCUUUCAUGCGCUUGUGCCAUUUCCAUGUUUCCCUAUUUCUGUAUAUUGUCAACAGAUAUGAUUUGCAGAGAAAAAAAAUGUUGACUCGAUAAGAAAUCUGCACCUCAUCAUGUUGUAUAUUACCUGUUUGUCACUGCACUGCAAUGGGUUUGGUCGUUUUUCAGACGGAAUAAACGACACCUUAUCACCGUAGUUUUUACUGAGUGGACUCUUAUUUACUGCGCCAGAUUUUACCAGAAAAGCGAUUUUACCUUUAAAGGGAAAUUAAAGCUGUUGGUUCUAUACUACAAUGUAUAAGUACACACUUU